CACUGGAAUUUAUUUAUAUUUAUCUAUGUAAUGACGAACAGUAUAUCACUGUCAAUUUAACUAGUAAAUAUAAGAAGAAGAAGGCUAAGAAGCGAAUUUCCUGUUUUGUUUUGUGUUUAGUAAACGAAAUCACAAAAGUAGGCUAGGUUCAUAUUACAUUUUGUUAUACUGGACUAAGUGAAGUUAACAGGUUAGGUUAGAAUUAUAUUUAUGAGUUAUGUAAUGCGUUUUGAAAAAUUGUCUAUUUUUGUCAUUAUAAUCGGCUUUUUAGUGGAAAUUACUGUAUAUUGAUACUGUUCAAAGAGUAUUUGAGGCAAAGUUAGGGCCGCAUGGCCCUUUCUUACACUUCCCCUGCCUAUUAUUGUGUAAAGCCUAAGUAAGAUAUCAUAUGGUAGCCUCAUGAUGAUCAUGUAUGAGGUGCCCGGUGCUGUUCCAGAUGACAUAAUGGAUACAGUGAUUAAAUUUGGUCUCUACAUAGGAGCAAUUUUUCAACUUAUUUGUAUUGCUGCUGUCAUUGUCCUUCCUGAAAAAUAUGACUCCACAGCAUUAAAGGAUGGAGAUGUCAGUGAAGAGGAUUUAUCAGAAGGAAGCCCUCAAGCCACUCCGAGAAGGCCUCAUGCCCAUCAUAGACCUCGGAAACAAGAAAAAAAGAAAAGGAGAUGAAUUUAUGAUUAAUAAACAUUGAAUGUAAAAUUGUUCUCUUGAUGUAAGCUUUUCAUUGUUGCUAUAUUAUUUCAGUAUUUAUAGUUAUAUUUGUCAAAGUGAUCUGUGAUUAUUUUAGCUGUAUGUAGUACUUUGUAAACUUGUAUAGUAGAUUAGUAUUAACAUCGAUAAAGCCACUUGUCAAAUUGAUUGAUUUUGUUUAAAUGCCAGUCAUAAAAUGAUUUUGAGAUCCACUCAAGGCAGUGUAGAGUUCUUCUUGCUUCUGAUUUGUGUUAUGCAAUCAAUUAUGUGUACUGUAAUUCAAAAUCCCACCAGUUGCAACACGCAAACUAGUUUAAUUUUUGUUGGUGAUGCAGUGAUUAUAAAAUGAACACAACAAAAUUCAAAAUGACACAAAAACUUGGCUUUGUCUAGUUUUGUGCUGAAUAUGUACAGACACUUUGAUGGCUGAAUCCUUUGACAAGGUUAUUAAGAAGCUAAUUUAUCCCUUUGAUUGCCAUAACAAUUUUGCUAUGUUUUGCUCCCUUAAAUUGCUGGCCUAAUUUUUGUAUAUUUGCAAGCUUUUCGCACCAAAAUUAUGGUUUAAUAACCACUUGACAGAUUUUCAUAAUCUUCGUUUCUUUCUUGGGCAACAAAAUAAAGAAUGUAAUACAGUACAUAUUUUUUUUGGUAAAAAUAAAAUACAAUAUAUUUUUAAUAUGUUUUAGUACAACAUUUUAAAAACUUUUUUAGUUUCAUUAAAAUUUAUCCAUAUGUAUUAAUUUUUAGAUUUUGUGAGCUAUAACACAUGAAAGUCUAUGCAAUUUUAAACAUAAUUCAUGUAUAUCAUUAUAUUUCUCCAAAUAAAAACAAACAUGAACAAUUUAUAAAAAAAAGAAACAACACUACCCCGUGAUUACUAGCACUUUCCAUCCUAUAACUAGAAAUGUUGACCUGAUACUCUCAUCUAAAGCCUGCAAGAGAUGGUUUUCAUUGUCUGAAAAAUUUUCUUCACUCAUUGAUAUAUAUGUUUUAUUUAUAUAAGACAACAGAUAACAAAAAUAAACACUUCAUAAUAAUAAACUAACGUCAACAAUAGAUUGUCAAAUUUCUAAGCACUAGGUAGUAAUACUGGAAACAAUAAAAUAAACAAAACCUCGUUAAUAUGGAAACGUCUAAAUAUCAAUAUUGAUAUUAUUACAGUAAUAAAUUUUAAUUGGUCACUGCUUUAUGAUUUGUUUUUGCAUAAAAAAACAAUUACAGCACAAAGUAAACAGUGCUAUUAGCUAAAUGAAUAACCUGCAUCUGACGAAUUCAUUGUGUGAUAGACCAUAACAACAUAUAGUUAAUUAUCUUUCCAAAGACCUACUAGAAGAAAAAAAUGAGCAUUAAUCGAUACAACAAAACAUAUUGAAUGAAGCUAUAUGGUUAUUCAGAUAUUUCAACUGUGCACUAUAUGACCUAUCAAUUAAAUAUGAAUCAUCAGGCCAAUCAAUGCUGCAAUUUACAAGGUUUUUAUAUCUGAUAUAUAUAUAUGCCGAUGAUGUCUUUACUCAAAGGGUAAUGCUAUGAUAGGUGCCUAAAUGUGUGUGUCUGGAGACUUGGAGAAAAGUAGCUCUAUAGUAUGUGUUUCAAGGAUAUAUAUCCAAGAACUUUGGUUUCUUUUGUAGAGAUGGUGGUUGUAUGGUCUAAGGUUUUGAAUCUAUGUUAGAGAUAAUGUAGGUUUAAUUCUUAUAAGUAACCAUCAUCUUAAUUUUAAUGUUUAAUUUUUAUCAGCACUGUUGAUCGUGUACUCUACCGACUUGUUCUCUUUCUUAUGUUCAUAAUAUCACACAGGCCAGUGGCCCAUGAGGAUCGUCAGAGUAAUUAAAGAAGACCUUCCUCUAUAUAUUAACUAUCUGGGUGACCCCUGUUUUUCCAUUGAAGCAGACAAAUUUAAUUUACAAAGGAUUGACAAUACAAAUAUUUUCAAAAUAGUUGACAUAAUUCUCUGAAACAUAAUCAUUUCUUAAGUACAAAGGAUUGAUUUAUUAAUAAUAAUAACGGCAGUAAUCAGAUAUUAUGGAAUUAGCUUGUCACACUGGAAACCUUGUACUUCAGCCGAGAACAGACUAUUUAAGUACAAUAACAGUAUACCUUUUGUUAUUUAGGUUAGAAAUUACUUUGUAUAUUAUGUAAACAAAAAAUAAAUCUAUUCAAGAAGUAA